AUGCUAAUUCCUUCCUUGUGGAAGGUGGUUGGAUUAGGAGGACGCUUUGAUCAACUCCAUGUUAGUCAUACCCAUCAAGCGUGUCAUGAUGAUGGGAAUGGAAAUGUUAUUGAUGAGAAUGGUGGUCCUGAGCCCAUGGACUACAUUGUUGAUCAGAAUGAUUUUGUUGCCGAGAUAAUUGCUACUCAUACUAAGUACUUAGAAACUGUACCCCCCAAUGAAUUCUCUCUGGCGUGUCCAAUGUUAUUAGAAAAGCCAAAGAAUGAAGAUGUCCGUAUAGAAGAGACAAACACAAAACGUGCUUAUAUGCGUUGUAUCAUUCAGGAUAAAGCUAGGUUUUCCGAUCUGAAAAUUAAAAAAGGUCCAAAGUGCAUCUUAUCUGAAGAACAUAAAGCGACUAUUAUCACUUUCAUUGAUUCUAAUCCCUCUGCUACUGUUGUUGAAGUUGCCGAGCAUUUAUUGAAGCAAUUUCAUGACCUUAAAGUAUCACGUAGUACUGUUAAUAACUUUAUGAGAUGUGAACGCAAUCUCUCGUUGAAGGAAAACAGAUAUUCAUUCUGUUGA